AUCAUCAAUAACUGGCGGGAGUUGCAGGUGGUGGUGGUUGCAAGUUCGUUCCACUCGUUCCAUUCCCUGGGUUAACUUUGGUCUGGUCCACACACGCGGCUACUGUGCUUCUGUUGGAACUGCAUUAGCCUUCUGGUCUAAGCAUAUUUUCGGCGAUGGCUUCAGCAAGUACUCAAACAGUAUUCGGCUAUGGUUGCAGCCUCGACUGGCGGCCCACUUCGUUCGUGAGCCCGUUCCCAUCGACCAGACUGUGCAGCGUUUGCGGACUGGUGCCCCCAGCGACGGCAACGCUUCCCUGCCGUCACGUGCUCUGUCAGCUGUGCUUCGACAGCUUUGACGGCGACUGCCACGGAAGGAAGCGCUGCCCUCUGGACAAAGAGCUGUUUCAAGAGGAAGACGUGGUAUGGUCGACGCACAGCAAGAACAGUGUUCUUAGCCGCCAGGUACGCUGCUGGAAUGCGGGCAAUGGUUGCGACGCUGAGGACAGCGCUUCUGCCAUGCUGAAUCAUUUCACGAACACCUGCCGAUUCCACGCCGUGAACUGUUCCACGUGCGGCGGCAGCGUGCUGCACCGUGACUUUGCCAACCAUUUUGAGUCGGGCUGCGUUCCUACGUCCUGCCGCAACGAGCGGCCUCUGAGCGAGAACUUUGCCAACGCGUUCGUGGAAGUAAAAGACGCGCUGAGGAAGAUCUCGCAAGAGAAUGUGUCCCAGAGAGACGGUGCGAUGGCUUUGCUGUCUACCAGCUUUAAUGACGCGAUGACAACCGCCGUUGAACGUAUCAAAGAGACGUGUCGGGCGUCGCUCGCCGACCAUUUGCGCGAAGUGUCUGCGGCGGUCAGGCGUCAGCAGGCUGACAACGAGCGAACCAUGAAAGAGUUACUAACCGCGGAAUUUAACCAGAACAUGUUGUUAAUGAAUGCUAAGAUUGCACAAGCCUUUGCUGAAGGAUGUGACCAUGUCCACGGUGCUGCUGUUUCUGCGUCCAGCUCGACCAGCUCCCUGGUUUCCAACUUAACCAGAGAGAUUAACGACUUCGUGGAGGACCUCUCUGUGCAGCCAACUCUGUCGGGAGAAGAUGCAGCAAGAGGCCUACAACUGUUGGCUGCUGCUGCCCUCAGUGUCAAGAACAAUGCACUGGAAAAUCCACAGCCAUGUAUGUGGACACUAUGUGACUGGGAUGAUUUCUGUCUUCAACUUGGUGGCCGAGGCCGCCAGAAACGCCGGGAUAGGUACGGCGGUCCUUACUACUUUGGUGGACGCCUGGUGGUCCCACGGCUUUGUUAUUACCCAAAUACUAAUGAGGUUCAGUUUCGCCCUUAUAUAAUCAGGGGUUUGUACGAUGAGUUCUUGGGGAUUCUUGACAAAGCAGUGGAACUGCGCUUCAUUCAUCCCACAGAUUCCUUGAGAGACGUGGAAUUUCAGGGACACUUCUACUGGGAAAGGCCAGGACACAAACUUACGUGUAUGGGUAGUGAAGUACUGUAUGUAGGGCACAACUCGUUGCCCAUAGGAGUCAGCUCAUUGGAAGAUGGGGGCUUCAUAACAAACAACAAAGUUGAGCUGCAAGUCUUCCAGUUGUAAUGCAUCACGAAGUGACAUUUCCAACUGUAAGCUCCUGCAGAAUCCUACGGAGUCAAUCUGAAAGAAGCACAGACUCGUGACCGGGUAAGGACUGACAGAUGACCGGGUGUUGCCGAAGCAAGAACAGAUAAUGUCGCAUGUAGAUCAUUGACACUGUUUUUUUGUUUAACAGUUUAUCUGCAUAUAGCCUUUAUCAUUUAAGUUGCUGUGUGCUUCUGAAGAGCAUUCUUUCUUACUUUUUUUUCUUUUUCUAACCUGAAAGGUUGGAACUUCUUAAGUGCAACAAUGUUGGUGCCAAGUUACUGCAUCCAGCCCAACAGGGUUGUGCUCACUGUGAAACAGGAUUUUCUUGGGUUGUUACCUUGUGGCUUUGUCAUUCGUAAACAAAUGCUUAACUUAUUGAUGCUGUGUGCAUGCAAGUCUAAGUAAAAAAUUACCUGUACUUUGUUCUUAAAAAAAAAAAAAAACCUCCACUGUUAUAUCUUAUCAGCAUUUUCUAUGUGGCAUCGCUGUCUCUCCAGCUGCCGCUGUGCAGGUUUGGACAUGCUUUCUUGUAUUAAGUUUUGGUUGCCUAAGGGACAGCAGUGCUUGGUGAUUCGUUUUCUGUAGUUUGAAGUGGAGUUUUACAAAUGGCUCCAAUGCAAGCAACUGCUGUUGGCUAUGCUGAGCAGCUCAAGAUUGCACGGCUCUCUGUGAAUAGCAGUCAUGAUGGAAGCUGCCACGCUGAAGUAUUGGGCGAGCGCCCGCUGGAUUGUCGUUGUCUUCUGCCUACCAGCUUUGCUGGCACACACUUCAUGUUUCGACCAAGCCACUGGCAAAAAAAAAGUGUGCUGCACAGAGGUUUUCUGGAUGUGCUCUUCAGUAUUGUCUUUGUGACCAAGUCGCCCUCCACUAUGUGCGCAGUCAGGCAACGAAAACAAAUUACUGCACACUGUUGUCGUUCGGUGCUGACAAGUGAGGCAGUUGUCUUCCAAUGCUGUCAGAACUGAAGUGAAGAAGCAUUCCUAAAACGUACACAGCAUUGGCUGGAGAGGCAGUGAGCCCACAUGGAAAGCGCUAAGGCAGUGCUGCAUAUAAAUUUUGUUAGGAAACGGGUGCGGAUUGUUUUGCCCUGCCCUCAGACAAUGCACAGGCAUAUGCGGCUGUAUACAGGGUGUCUCAUCCAACAUGGAGCAAGUUUUAAAGGAACUGACUACCGAUUUUUGUUAGAUGUGUUAGCUAAAUAUACAGAAAUACUGUAAAAUUCCUAAAGAGGUUAACAACAUGCAAAUGCUUUUGUCUGCAUGGGGCGUGUCGAUUUUCUUUAACUUGCUCUUAUGGUCUGAUAUACUGUGUGCACUCUUUAUUAAUUUUUAUUUUCAAACAACCUGCAGUCAAUUGAAAGCAGAUUGGUACAUACUAGUAUUAGCAUAGUUAAGUAUUGAUAAGAACAACAAAAACAGCUUAUACAAAGCAUAGACUGACAGGUUAGAUUAAGACAUUUCGGUUUUAAAAAUUAUUGGUAGACACUCGAAAAUUUGCAGCAUGCCCAUUGCGGCUAAUUCCCAAUGCCAAAAAUUAUGUAGCGUAAAUGACAUAAGAGUACAAGUUUACACAGCAGAUAUAGAAAAAUGGUCUCAAGCAUUGUCUAUGUGGAAAACAAACAGCUGCAGACACUCAGUGGUAAACAGUGAAGCAAUGUGCUUUCUUUGAGUGCUUUGUGUGUGUAUGCACACAUUUGAGACAGGCACAGUGUACAAAUCUCUCACCUCAUGUUUGCAACUAUGUAAUUGCAUUACAAUAUUUUUCAUUCUUCUGUGUUCAUUAUAACCUUUUCUUUUUUUCUGAACAAUGUGAAGCCGGGGUCUACAUCUGAAGGUUCCAUUUUCUGCAGCUACUUCCAUCAUCCAUCUCUGUGGUCCAGUUUAGUAUACUUGUCGAUCAUGGAUUUCUUCCACAGAGGCUAAGCAUAACACUACUGUGUAAUAAAAGUAUUUCUGCUACUACUAAAUGCAUGCAAAAGACAGUGCCAAAGUAUGUUAUACAGUACUCAGUGGAAUGAAACGCAACACAGAAACUUUAAGUAGAACACUUCGUAAGUGCGAUUACUCGAGAGUGCCAUGUUGUGUUGUAUCGGCACAAAUAUGGACACCAAAGGUGAUACGGACUCUAAAAGUGUACGGGCCAGAAUCAUGCUGACGUCGCAUGAACUGUAUAAGGUGUAAAUGAAAGUAUGUGCAUAAGUUUGCCCUAAAUUGACAUGGUUCAUUCCGUCAGCACUGUACUUGUAUUGCUUUAUAUACCGAGAGUUUCAGUUAGGUAAAACCAAUAAAUAUAUUUCAGUGACAAACUUCAGCAAUGUGCACUACAAUGCAACGCCGCCUCAUGUAGUCUUCGCAGUGCAAAAAGAAAGCUAUGCAAAACGUGUCUGUGUUGUGCUUGCAUGCCUUUCCAUGGCAUGAAUACCGAUGAACACAGUCAGCUCUCUAGCAUUCUAAGCUUAUGUAGGACUCUCGGGCAGUGGCACACCAAUGGAGAGGGAGCUUGGGGCUUGGGCCAGGUGGCCCUUAGGUCACCUAGCCCACCUCCCCAUUCCUUCCUGGAAGGUUGUCUUUUUGGCUUCAGCAUGUGUGUAUAUAUACAUAUAGUGUGUAAUAAAUACCAUCAUGAUGUCAAAACUUGGGCAAUGAAUAAGUGAUAAGAAAGCCUAGCGUUGCGCUCGAGUUUCUCGUACGGUGUUGCAAUACGCAGGGGUGCCCCAUUUACGCAACACUGUAUACAACGCAAUGUUGAGCAGCAGGAACAGCACCCUGGAAGCUACCAGGCAUCUCGCAAUGAUGGCACGAUAAGCAGGCGUUGCACCUCAAUGAUGUGCGAGUGAGACUGACGGGGCAUUUAUUCGGCCUGUGCCAGCAGUAACACUGUAGAGCCAAUUGUGGAGACCUUCUAGCCCUCCAAGCGAGGGUCUUGCAGGCAUCAUUACCAUGACAGCAUGCCAGCAAUAUGAAUGCACUUUGAACGUUAAUAUAUGGGGUGCUUUUUUUCACCAGUAACGGAAUGUUUAAAAAUCGUCCAUGGCAUGUAGCUCAGUUUUACCUCUUGAGCUAGAUUACUUCGAGAGGCAGACAUUAUUUGCAUGAUAAAUUGAAAUGAUUAUUUCACUAAUCAACAAAGUAUUGCUAAUUAACUUCUGAACAAAUUACAUUCCGGCAUACAUUGCAACUUACGAAUUGUAGCCGGUGACUUGGAAGUCAUACCUACUUCAACCAAAUUCUGAGGAUGACACCAGUUCAAGAUGUUUUCCCAAUGUUUGCGACGAAAUGCAUUAAUGUGUCAGUAAUUUUUGAGCUUCAAUGUAUAAAAAGGCAUUUGGGUAAAAAGUAAUUGGAACAAGAGUGCUUUUUUAUCUUAAGAAUGACCACGCUCAUCUCAAAACUGGUGCUAGUUUAAAAUUUUGUUCCAAGUGGGUGUGGCUUGUGAAAUUGCUGGCUUCAAUUCAUGUAUUGCAGUAUGUGUGCAAGAGAAUCGGUUUAAACGUUUAUUAGUUAAAUUUUGUUUAUUAGGCAAUUGUGCAUAUUGAUUUUUAGUAUAACUAACGUGCACCUCUUAAAAUAAUUCAUCUCAAUGAGUAGGUUUGUGCUGUAUGUCGUAGCCGAUAUUUAAAUAUUCUGUUAAUAAAACAAAAAACAGUGUGCUAACGCAAUAAAAAGUCAGUGUCUGCUUGAAUGCACUAGAGUGAAUGCAUGUUUCUUGAGCAACUCCUUGUCGUAGGAGUGACAGAGCAGCACCCUUGUAAGGCAAUGUCGUCUUCUGUCGAGAGAUGAUGCUGUGCUCGAGUUGGUGCAGUUGAGGAAGCCCAUUUGUGAAUAUAGUAGGGGUAAGAUCCGUUAGACCUAGCGGAAGGAUGUGCCAAAGUGGCAGCAACGCAAUUUGAGUAUGCACUAUGUACAUUAUGUAAAGCUUAAACCUGCAGCAGCAUGGCAAGCUACUACUAUGUUCAAGCCAAUGCAUAAAAGGCAAAAGUAUACU